CGAAAGACCGCCACAUUCUUCCAUUGCCUUUCACAGUCCGGCUGCACCAGAACUUAAGAUACCUGAGAUCAAGAAAUUGCGCCGUCAGUACCACAAAAUGGAACAAAACCUCGGCGACGAGCAUAACAAAUCCGCCACUCUUGCUAGCCAGCUACAGCAAAAGGUGGCAACGGCUGAGGAUUUGCUGCGACAGAUGACGGCCAAGGCUGAGGAUGUCGGCCGGCAACACCAAGAGAUGGACCAAAUUUUGAGCGACUUGCGUGAAACGGCCGCUGAUCUUGCCAGCCAACCUCAGCAGAAGACAGCAGAGGUCGAGGAUUUGCGUCGGCGGUGCGAGGAAGCAGAGCGCACGAUCGCCGACGAACGCAGAAUCGCCACCACGUUCUGUGCCAACUUGACCGGGAUCGAACUGACCCCACACAAAUGGCUGGAAACAUUGCAGGCGGCUCAAGACCUUACGCCGCUUUCUCGCGAACCCGUGCCUCGGGCCAUCUGGAAGAUAUACCAGAACCCAGGGCUCGAGCAAUGCAGCCCCGUGGCGCGCGGCCCUCUGCUCCUCUGCUUGCACUUGGCUGCCGUACUCAACGCCGGGAUCUGGGAUAACAGAGCAUUGGCACUGAUGAGCCUUCUGGCUGACGAGCUGGCGGAUGGACCCGUACCGAUCUCUUCACUCCUGCUGGUUUUGGAGACCGUGACCGCCGGCGUCCGGGAUAACUCGGACAACAUCUUGUUGUUGCUUGCCUGGCAGACAGCAAAAUUGCUCGAGAACGCCUUUCCCCAGGAGUCAAGGUUCGAGGCGCAGUGCAUGCGGCUCCGAGACGAGCUCAUGAAACACUCCUCCUGGUGCAUUGAUUUGACUCUCGCGAUCGAUGCAGAUACAAUCCCCGCUUACUGCGAGGACUGGGAGGAGGGCAAGUUUUACGAGGAUUUUGGCAUCGGCCUUCUGCGUAGCCCACGGUUCAGGGAAUGCAGGGAAUACUUCAUAUUUGACAUCUCACGACGGGUCAUAUGGGCAUGCACAUCCGCCUUCAUCAGGCCUUGGUUCCCCGAUGAACCCCCGUAUGCUGGACUUAUAAUACCGGGCUGGCCCACGGGCGAAAUAAAAGUUCCGGAUCUUUGGGCGCUUACAUAUAGAAAUGACUAG